CGAGGUUGCGUCGACACCGGCCGGCGUCGUUCUCAGGAGGCUCCGGCCCGCUCGCCCGUUCCGCGGCUCCAGGCGCCCGUGCCCCUGCCGUCUCGCCGUCUCGCCGCCCGCUGCACCCCACGGCGGCCGGCCACACGUGAAUGGAAAGGAGAAAAGUCGUGGACAGAAGAAGAGGUCAACAAUACCCAACGCGCAAGGGAUCGAAGCACCUGGUCUUGCUGAAGCCGAUAAGAUGAGUCCCUCGACGAAACCGACCCGCUACGCGGCCCAAGCGUGGGUCAAGGACAAUCUUCUGCUCAUCGCCACGUUAUCGGGCGUAUUCAUGGGCGUUGUCCUCGGCGUGUCGAUCCGGCCCUACCGGCCGGACGAGACUACCAAGCUCCUGAUCGCCUACCCGGGGGAGCUGUUUAUGAGGCUGCUCAAGCUGAUGAUCGUCCCACUCGUGAUCGCCAGCCUCGUCACAGGAUCGGCCAGCCUGAACGCGCGCAUGAACGGCAAGAUCGCCAUGCGCACCGUCGUCUACUUCGUGCUGACGUCGCUGCUGAACGCCGUGCUGGGCAUCCUGCUGGUGGUGGCCAUCCACCCAGGCGACCCGAGCAUGCGCAGCGCCAUCCAGCAGAGCGACCAGAGCCGGCGCGCCAACAUCAUGGACGGGCUGCUGGACCUGGGCAGAAACGUCUUCCCAGACAAUCUGUUCCAAGCCUCUUUCGAGCAGACUCAGACGAUAUACAAACCGGUGGAGGGGGCCAAUCUGACGGAAGCGCUGUUACAACGCUCCGUCGAGUACCGACCGGGAACGAACACCCUCGGUAUCAUCUUCUUCUGUAUCGUCUUCGGCACCGUGCUGGGAACUCUGGGCGAGAAGGCCCGCAACGUCAUCCAGUUCUUCAGUGUCAUCGAUGAGGUCGUCAUGAAAAUGGUGUCCGGCAUCAUGUGGUGCUCCCCACUCGGUAUAGCCUCCAUCAUCUGCGGCAAAAUGCUGGCCGUGAACAACCUGGGUCUGAUCAUGGAGCAGCUGGGCCUGUUCAUCGGCACCGUGGUGGUCGGCGUCUUCAUCUACCAGCUGAUCAUCAUGCAGCUCAUCUACCUGGCCGUAGUGCGCAAGAACCCGUGGCCGUUCUUCUGGGAGAUGCGCGAGGCCUGGCUGACCGUCUUCGCAACGGCCUCCACCGCCGCCACACUGCCCAUCUCGCUGAAGUGCGUCGAGGAGAAGGCCAAGGUGGACCGCCGCGUGAGCCGCUUCGUCCUGCCGAUCGGCGCCACCGUCAACAUGGACGGCACCGCCCUCUUCGUCUCCGUCGCCUCCAUCUUCAUCGCGCAGAUGAACAACAUGACGCUCAACAUCGGAAACCUGGUCACCGUCGCCCUGACGGCGACGGCGGCCAGCGUGGCGUCCGCCAGCGUGCCCUCGGCGGCGCUCGUGCUGAUGGUGGUGGUGCUGCAGGCGAUCGAGGCGCCCAUCCCGGACGUCUCCCUGCUGUUCGCCGUCGACUGGCUGGUGGACAGGUUCCGCUCCACCAACAACUGCAUCGGGGACUGCUACACGGCGGCGAUCGUGGCGCACCUGAGCCGCGCCGAGCUGAGCGACCUGCGCUCCGACACCACCAGCGACGCGCCCGACGCUGUCUCGAUCGAGGACGGCGAGCAGAGCCCGCUGUUCCAGGCUGACAAGCCGAAGGUCAACGGGCCCGCCAAAGUGGAGGUGGUCCAGGAGAAGCAGGGCGGCGCCCCCCUCGCCAACGGCUUCGACAUGUAGCACGUGACGUCGCACGGGCGGCGGCGCGCCGGCCGGCCGGCGGUAGCGGAGUGCCGCCCUGGCCGGGCGUCGUCGCAGCUGCUGCAGGGCGACUGCCGGCCGUGGUUGCCCACCGCAACCCGCUCUGUUUACCCCAGUUAGACGGCGUUUAGUCUAAUGCUCCUCGCGUGACGAAGAGGGCGGAGAGAUGGCGGUAGUUAUCCGGCGGCGACCGACGGGGUGGCCGUCCCGCAGUGGUCAGAGCUUUCUGUGAUUGGUAUACGCUGUGCGCCCCGUAGCGGGCGAGAAUCCGACGCCAGCGCUGUUCUCCCUUCGUGUCGGUGCGCGGCGUCGUGACAAGCGCUUUAUCGGUGUUGUUAGAAGAUGUCGGCUUGCGCAUCUUGCUGCGCUCAGUGAUAGCGAAAUCCAUACCACUUGUAGACAAAAGCAGUGUCAUACGCGGAUUUUGGCGAUCUAUUUACGCCGUUUCCAUCAGACAGUCUCGUAGUUCUCGCAUGUAUCGCCAGGCUCUGUGUUGCGCGCAUAGACGUCACAGGGACACACACGUGCACUUGCCCAGUUUUCGAACUUACAGUCUUCCCCAGCACACACACGCGAACUCGGGUGAUGCGCAGAUGGCGCGCCCUGUUCAGCGUCCAUCAGGCCCGCGGCUUGCGUCCCAUGUGCGCGCACUUGGGGGCCGCCAUGGCAUCUGUUCUGUCACGCGUGCGCGCGCAGAGAACCACCGAGUCAAUACACGGCGCGGACACAG